AUGUCCGAAGCGCUACCUGUUGAAGCCUCGGGUGAAAUGGACGAGAAUACGGAUGAAAAGCCCAUGUUCGUAAUUGUGGGUCCAUCGGGGGUCGGGAAGACAACGCUGUACAGAAUGCUUCUCAACGAAUUCGAGCACCUGUUCGAGCUCAGCAUCAGCUAUACCACCCGGCCCAUAAGGCAAAAUGAAACCAACGGAAUUCACUACCACUUCGUCACUAAUGAAGUCUUCAACGAGAUGAAGAAUGCAGAUGAGUUUCUCGAAUGCACGUCAUACGUCGGAAACCAGUACGGCACCGCCGUCCGCGAAAUCAAACGCAUACAACGGUCUAACAAGGUACCCUUGCUAGAAAUCGAAAUCGAUGGGUUCAACAAGGUCAGGAAUAAGGGUUUGCCGUUGCGCAGCGUCUUCGUCACUACAAGUGACGUGGAGAGCCUUAAAAAUAGACUUUUGCACCGCGGAGGGCACAACGUCAACGAUAUCGAUAAGCGAUUGAAAAGGGCUAUGGAGGAGAUGCAAGAGGCGAGUAACGCUGCCUUCGACGUAAUACUUCUGAACGAUGAACUAAAGGUUGCUUAUGCAGAACUGCGCAAUAACGUACUAAAGUGGUACGGACUAAAGGACACCGAGAAAAAGCAGGAUGAACAAAACGAGACGAGUUCACGCAUUUAA